AUACAAUUGGUCACACAUUUUUAGAAAUAAUUCAGCUGCAAACUCGUAUUAUUAAACGGACUGAUGUAUGCGUAAAGAAGAAGAAGCUCAAAGUUCAAGGCUAGAUGAGGACAGUUAAUCGUAAACACUAUAAAUGCUAUACAUCUUGUUAUUGUAGUUAACAUGAGCUAAAGUUAGCUUCGUUAGCUUACCUUAAAUUAAUUUUGUUGCGUUUGUCAAUAAUGGAUGUUCGCCAUGGGAUCAUUAAAGCUUUCCCUAAGACUAAGAGAGCCAGAGCACCGGGUGGAAGAGUUUCCCCCCCGAUGAAGAAGAAACCUGAUGAAGAUGUUGUCACAGGGAGUGCUUUCAAAGGUGUCACGGUGUUCAUCCUCCCCGCGGGCAUAGGGAAUUCCAGAUGCCAGAUCUUCCAACGACAAAUUCACCAAAACGGAGGACAGACCGAGAAGUCAUUCUGUCAGAAUGUUACUCAUGUAGUGGUAGAUGACAAUAUGGACAGUGACAGGGCCCUCCGCCUAUUGAAAGUGGAUUGUUUGUCACCUGCAAUCCAUCUAGUGAAGUGCACCUGGUUGAGCUCAUGCAUAACUGAGAAUCGACUUCUGGACACAGCCGGAUACAGCCUUCUUUUACCUGAUAAAAACUCUGAAACGCAUCAUGGAAAUAUAAAAGACGAUUUGGCUAGUGUCUGUUCUGCAACACAGGCACCUUUGGAGCCCGAGUCAGAUCAUAAAAAAACAGAGGAGACCACAGAAAUGAUCUUAGACCAAAAAGAGGACAUGAGAGAGGAAGAUGGGGUCUCACAUAGUGACUUAGAAGCUCUCCUCACUGGCCAAAACCCCAUGAAAGACAACCCUGGACUCAAUGUUGAUCUCACCGAUGGCAUCGCCAAACAGAAGCCAGUCACUGGAAAGUGGGUCUGUGCCUUGUCCUCCCAAUCCAAAAGUAACAACCACAACAAGCACAUCACAGACAAACUUGAAGUGUUGGCCAAGGCCUACACAAACCAGGGAGACAAGUGGAGGGCACUGGGAUACUCCAAGGCUAUCAACGCACUCAAGAGCUACCACAAGCCUAUCUCAUCUUAUCAGGAAGCUUGUCAGAUCCCAGGCAUUGGAAGGCGUAUGGCCGACAAAAUAGAUGAGAUCAUGGAGAGUGGUCACUUGCGGAAAAUAGAUUACAUAGGGGAGUCUGUUCACGUUCUGGAGCUUUUCAUUAAUAUCUGGGGUGCAGGUGUGAAGACUGCACAGCUAUGGUACCAGCAGGGAUUUCGUACUUUGGAGGACAUCCGCACAAAGGCCAACCUGACUCAUACUCAGAAAAUAGGACUCAAGCAUUAUGAUGACUUUCUAGACCGAAUGCCAAGGGAAGAAGCUGCUGCAAUUGAAAAAGUGGUGAAGGAGGCUGUCCACUCCAUCGACCCAGGCCUGCUGGCCAUGGCAUGCGGAUCCUACCGCCGAGGAAAGGCCACGUGUGGCGAUGUCGAUAUCCUCAUCUCUCAUCCCGAUGGCAAGUCCCAUAAAGGCGUCUUUAGCAAAGUGAUACAGAUCCUCCAUCAGAGCGGAUUUCUGACAGAUGACUUGGUGAGCCAUGAGGUGAACGGAGAGCAGAAAAAGUACAUGGGUGUGUGUCGUUUACCAGAACCUGGCCAUCGCCAUCGCCGCCUUGACAUAAUUGUGGUGCCAUACAAUGAGUUUGCUUGUGCCCUCCUGUAUUUUACAGGGUCAGCGCACCUCAACCGCUCAAUGAGGGCACUGGCAAAGACAAAACACAUGAGCCUAUCAGAGCACUCACUGAACAAAGAUGUGUUACGUCAAGGUGGUUCGAAGGUAUAUAGUGGCACUCCACUCCCUACACCCACUGAAAAGGAUGUUUUUACUCUUCUGGGCAUACCAUUUAGGGAACCUAAUGAAAGGGAUUGGUGAUAAUGUGCCUAUAAUAUUUGGCCAGUCAGUAUAUCUUGUUUGAUUCUAUAGGCAAAACAUACUAGUUACAUGUUGAUGCCUAAACACUGAACCUUGUAAAGGACAUCGACUUGAACUUUUAAGAUCCCUGCUUGAUGAUAUUAAUUUGAUUCUGCAGACAAAGAACUUUUUAAUACAAAAACUGCUUAGAAUAUUUUAGUCAGGAUUACUGAAUGUAUUUAUACACUGAUGCAAAGACAGGAUGCAGAGCUGGAGGUGGCAAAGUUGGAAGAUGCUAAGACUUUCAUUGGGAGUGACGAAGGUGGAUAGGAUUAGGAAUGAGUAUAUUAGAGGGACUGCUCAGGUUGGACGGUUUGGGGGUAAAGAAAAAGAGGCAAGAUUGAAAUAGUUUGGACAUAUGUGAAGGAGAGAUGCUGGAUAUAUUGGGAGUAGGAUGCUGAAUAUGGAACUGCCAAGGAAGAGGAAAAGAGGAAGUUUAUGGGUGUGGUGAGGGAGGACAUGCAGGUGGCUGGUGUGACAGAGGAAGAUGCAGAGGACAGGAAGAGAUGGAAAUGGAUGAUCCGCUAUGGUGACCCCUAACAGGAGCAGUCAAAAGCAGUAGUAGUAGUAGAUAAUCCUGGCUUCAGAAAACGUUAAAUGUUGAAUUUCUUUAUCCUCAUUCAAUCCUAAAGUAUAGUUUCGGCUCUAUUUUUGUAGUUUUUAACAUUGUGUACAUUCAUAAUGAUGUCAUUUUACUUAGUGGCUUUAUCGUAGAGAUUUUGGACAUGGGAGCUCUGCUAGACAUAACUUUAAAUCAGUGUCUUUUCUGGGCCGAAUAAUACGAGCAUCAGACAUGUUUGACCAAGUCAAAUUUUAAUCCAAUUAUUAAAGCCAUGUAUUUGGAAGCGAAAACAAUAGUGAAAGUUAAAAGUUGUUACCUGAAAUGACCAUUACAGUUGUCAGUCACAUUGCUGAGCUACUUCCUGGUUCAACUUACACAAAUGACCAAUUGUUGUACCAUGGGAUAACUACCCAGUUAGCACAAGGGAGAAAUCAUAGAUAAUGGGAAAUCAUGUACACAGUCUAACUGAGGCACUAGGGUUUUUUUUUUGGUAGGGCAGGUCAUAUUCUGUGACCCCAAAAGAUGUCGCUUUAAAGCUAUGUCUAGCAAUACUCACUGUUCAAAAUCUUUACAAUGAAGCCAGUGCAUCAAAUUAUAUCAUAACUGAGAAGCCCCAAAGACAAAAACUAUGAAAAUAAGACACAGGUUGUUAAAAAAAACAAAAAAAACAAAACAAAAAACAAAAGAACAGAAUUGCCCUUUAAACUCUCUAUUCCAGUCUUAACUGGUCAUUGGAUGUUGAUAAGACUGAAUUGUAAUGGGUGUCCUGCUGUUAACCUUGCCAUGUUAUAUGUAAGGUCCUGGUGGAGAAGUCGGCUCAAUUAACUUUAUUUAUCCCUCAGGGGCAAUUAAUAUAUAAGCAUCUGCACAUGUUUUCAACACACACUUGAAACAAAACACAAACAAUGGAAUCAGAGGGGUUACCUGACACACUAAUCAGAAAAUGCAAAUAGGGUGGAGGGUUGGGGUCUUGGGGGCUGUAGUAAAUAAGAGGCACACAGGGAAGGAGGGGGGAGGCUAAUGCUCAUUGAAAGCCUCAUGGUUUCGGGGUUUUCGCCUUACAAUUUCGAUAACGAUUUGACUUCAGUGACAGACUACAGAUUUAAAGGAACAAAAUCCACUGACUAUAAAGCAGAAAUUAUAUUAAAGGUACAAUCAGUGAAAUAUUUCCACUAGUGACCACACUCAGUGAACAGUAGAAAUUGCAACAUCAGCAAUCGUCCCAUGAGUGAUGGUUGCCUGCCAAUGACAAAACUACACCAAUAACUACCUCACAAUUUGUUAUGCUACCUAAAGCAGAGAGGUAAUUGUGUUGUAAAACGCUGCAAUAUUCAUAACUCGCACAUGACUAUGAAUCUAAUGACAGCGCUGCUUACCCACCCAACAAUGGCAUGGCCAAUCCAGCUUUGGUUUUUAUGCCAUUUUACAGCUGCAAAGUUUUUGCCACCUCUAAAAAAAUGACUUACAUUUGUCAUACUUUUGGAGCAGCAUUUUUUACGUUUUGUUUUGCUGGAUGACCAGGCUUUUUGGGGUUCCUCAGAGUUGUGAUGCAAAGUUGGCUCCUCCAUAUUAUUGAAAUAUUCAAAGGUGCAGUAAGAUGACUGUAUGGGCACCCGUAGUUGUGUGGGAGAACACUGGAUUUUAAAGGGUGGAGCGCUCUGAACCAGUUUGUUUACCACAAUAAAGGUGUCUUCGGGACAACUGUAUGGUCACAAUUCUCAUCUGUUGCAGAUUUUGGUAUAUCAUGAGUUUUG